UGUCCUAGCAAGUGAUGCUGUCGGAGACAGGAGACGGGCACGGAGGAGGCAUCGCCGCCGCGGGGCGGGAGAGCGUUUCCCAGCACCAGCGGCCCGCUCGGCCCCGGGCUUCCUCCUCACAGCCACGGGCGUGGCGGCUGCCCCCACGGUUGGAUGGUGGGCGGCGGCGGCGACACGGCUUUGGUUCCCGCCUCUAACUGCUCGGUCUCGGGCCGCGCCGUUCUCUCUUCCUGCCUCCCCGCCCGGGGCUGCCCGGGACUGCUGGAGCCGCGGGAGGUAGGGAAGGGGCGCCGCGGGGAGACCGCGCGGCGGCGGCGGUGGAGAAGGAGGCCGCCGGCCGGCAUCCCCGCGCUCGGACCGCGGCCGGCGCGAUGUCCACCAAGGUCAGCAAGUGCAAGGAGCAAGCGAGGGUGACCUUCCCCGCGCCGGAGGAGGAGGAGGAGGGUGAGGACGAAGGCGCGGAGCCGCAGCGCCGCCGACGGGGCUGGAGGGGCGUCAACGGGGGGCUCGAGCCGCGCUUGGCGCCCUGGCAGCGGGAACCGCACGACUACUGCCUGCCGCCCUUCCCGCCGGGGCCCGACAUGUCAAUGGAGGAAAGCCCUUCCCUGAGGCGCAAGACGGUGAUGCGCGAGAAGGGCCGGCGCCAGGCUGUGCGGGGCCCGGCCUUCAUGUUCAACGAUCGGGGCACCAGCCUCACCGCCGAGGAGGAGCGCUUCCUUGACGCCGCCGAGUACGGCAACAUCCCGGUGGUGCGCAAGAUGCUGGAGGAGUCCAGGACGCUGAACGUCAACUGCGUGGACUACAUGGGCCAGAACGCGCUGCAGCUGGCGGUGGGCAAUGAGCACCUGGAGGUGACCGAGCUGCUGCUCAAGAAGGAGAACCUGGCGCGCAUCGGCGACGCCCUGCUGCUCGCCAUCAGCAAGGGCUACGUGCGCAUCGUGGAGGCCAUCCUCAACCACCCGGGUUUCGCGGCCAGCAAGCGCCUCACCCUGAGCCCCUGUGAGCAGGAGCUGCAGGACGACGACUUCUACGCCUACGACGAGGACGGCACGCGCUUCUCCCCCGACAUCACCCCCAUCAUCCUGGCGGCGCACUGCCAGAAGUACGAGGUGGUGCACAUGCUGCUGAUGAAGGGCGCCAGGAUCGAGCGGCCGCACGACUAUUUCUGCAAGUGCGGGGACUGCACGGAGAAGCAGAGGCACGACUCCUUCAGCCACUCGCGCUCGAGGAUCAAUGCCUACAAGGGGCUGGCCAGCCCAGCGUAUCUGUCCUUGUCCAGCGAGGACCCCGUGCUCACCGCCCUGGAGCUCAGCAACGAGCUGGCCAAGCUAGCCAACAUAGAGAAGGAGUUCAAGAAUGACUAUCGCAAGCUCUCCAUGCAAUGCAAAGACUUCGUAGUGGGUGUGCUGGAUCUUUGCCGAGACUCGGAAGAGGUAGAAGCCAUUCUGAAUGGAGAUCUGGAAUCGGCAGAGCCUCUGGAGAUGCACAGGCAUAAAGCUUCACUGAGUCGUGUCAAACUUGCUAUUAAGUAUGAAGUCAAAAAGUUUGUGGCUCACCCCAAUUGCCAGCAGCAGCUCUUGACAAUCUGGUACGAGGACCUCUCAGGCCUGCGGGAACAGACGGUAGCUGUCAAGUGUCUGGUGGUUCUGGUCGUGGCCUUGGGCCUUCCGUUCCUUGCCAUCGGCUACUGGAUUGCACCUUGCAGCAGGCUGGGGAAAAUCCUGCGAAGCCCUUUUAUGAAGUUUGUGGCACACGCUGCUUCUUUCAUCAUCUUCCUGGGCCUGCUUGUGUUCAAUGCCUCAGACAGAUUCGAAGGGAUCACCACGUUGCCCAAUAUCACUGUUACUGACUAUCCCAGACAGAUCUUCAGGGUGAAGACCACCCGGUUCACAUGGACUGAAAUGCUAAUUAUGGUCUGGGUUCUUGGAAUGAUGUGGUCUGAGUGUAAGGAGCUCUGGCUGGAAGGACCCAGGGAAUACAUUUUGCAGUUGUGGAAUGUCCUAGACUUCGGGAUGCUCUCCAUCUUCAUUGCUGCUUUCACAGCCAGAUUCCUGGCUUUCCUUCAGGCAACAAAAGCACAACAGUAUGUGGACAGUUAUGUCCAAGAGAGCGACCUCAGUGAAGUUACACUUCCACCAGAGAUACAGUAUUUUACUUAUGCCAGAGAUAAAUGGCUCCCUUCGGACCCUCAGAUCAUAUCUGAAGGUCUCUAUGCCAUCGCUGUCGUGCUCAGCUUUUCUCGGAUCGCCUACAUCCUCCCUGCGAAUGAGAGCUUCGGCCCCUUACAGAUCUCUCUUGGAAGGACUGUGAAGGACAUAUUUAAGUUCAUGGUCCUCUUUAUUAUGGUGUUUCUUGCUUUUAUGAUUGGCAUGUUCAUACUUUAUUCUUACUACCUUGGGGCUAAAGUAAAUGCUGCUUUUACCACUGUAGAAGAAAGUUUCAAGACUUUGUUUUGGUCAAUAUUUGGGUUGUCUGAAGUGACUUCCGUUGUGCUCAAAUAUGAUCACAAAUUCAUAGAGAAUAUUGGAUACGUUCUUUAUGGAAUAUACAAUGUAACUAUGGUGGUGGUUCUACUCAACAUGCUCAUUGCUAUGAUUAAUAGCUCGUAUCAAGAGAUUGAGGAUGACAGUGACGUAGAAUGGAAGUUUGCUCGCUCAAAACUUUGGUUAUCGUAUUUUGAUGAUGGAAAAACAUUACCUCCACCCUUCAGUCUAGUUCCUAGUCCAAAGUCAUUCGUUUAUUUCAUCAUGCGGAUCAUUAACUUUUCCAAAUGCAGAAGGAGAAGGCUACAGAAGGAUAUAGAAAUGGGAAUGGGUAACUCAAAGUCCAGGUUAAACCUCUUCACUCAGUCUAACUCAAGAGUUUUUGAAUCACACAGUUUUAACAGCAUUCUCAAUCAGCCAACACGUUAUCAGCAGAUAAUGAAAAGACUUAUAAAGCGGUAUGUUUUGAAAGCACAAGUAGACAAAGAAAAUGAUGAAGUUAAUGAAGGUGAAUUAAAAGAAAUCAAGCAAGAUAUCUCCAGCCUUCGCUAUGAACUUUUGGAGGACAAGAGCCAAGCGACUGAGGAAUUAGCCAUUCUAAUUCAUAAACUCAGUGAGAAACUGAAUCCCAGCGUGCUGAGAUGUGAAUGAUUCAGUAACCUGGAAUUAUGGCUUUGACUAUAGCACAAAUGUGGGCAAUAAUAUUUCUAAGUAUGAAAUACUUGAAAAACUAUGAUGUAAAUUUUUAGUAUUAACUACCUUUAUCAUGUGAAUCUUUAAAAGUUAGGUCUUAAUGAUUUUACUGUUUUAUCAUAUGCAAAUGGUCUUCAUUUUAAUUGUCUGCCUUGACAUUACAAACAAUGACGUGCCAUUGUAUUUAAAGGCCCAAUAUUACUACGUUAUUGAUAUUUUUGUCCAUUUUAGAAUAAACUCUACGUCUUUGCAUUACCUGUUUGCCUCUAAGAGACUGUAAGCUCCUUGGGGACAGGGACCAUGUCUUAUUCAUCUUUGUGUCUCCAGCAUCUAGUACAGUGCCUGGUCCAUAGUAGGUGCUCAAUAAAUGUUGUCAAAACCGACUGAACUGAACUGCCAACAAAAUACAAAUAAAAAUUAAAAGGCCAUCACUAUGUAGCAUAUCUUCCCUUGUCCAAGUGCUAAAGAGAUUUUUUUUUUUUUUUAAUAUAAACUGAAAAAAUUUUACAAACAGCUAUGUCUUGGUCAGAUUUUCUUAGAAUUUUUGACAUCACUGAUAAUCCUAGAACCUUUGAGCCCUGAAUGAAGAAUUUCACAAUGAAAUGGGUUAAUAGAAAAUAUAAUUACAUUACAUAUUUGUUUCAUAGAAUUGUUCCAAACAACACAUUA